AUGAGUAGGCCAGUGAAGGGGGAUUGGGGACACCCGCAAGGUGUGCGGUGCUGGGCUAAGGCCGCCGCCCCACGACGGUGCACGGGCCCGGAGGGCUGCAGAAAGGGCAGGGCCCUGCGGUGGCCACUCCCUGGGACGUCGGAACGGCCCUUCCCGCACGCAGGGCGCGGCGAGGUAAGCUGCCAGCCGUGCCCCGUCCCUGCCGAUACUUGCCGGGACCCGGGCGGCGGCGGCGGCGGCGGCCAACACCCGGCCGUGACCGGCCACUCUCCGCAUCAGCAUCGCCGCAGUCGCCCGGCUCACCGGCGCCGGAAGCGGAAGUCGCGGGGCGGGACCUCAAGCACCCGAGCGCGCAGGCGCCGGAAGUGGCCUUUCGGGAGCGGGACCGGCCUCCGACCCUGCUCUGAGCGGAAGUCGCGGGGCGGGACUACGUGCGGACCGGAAGUGGCUUCCCGGAAGUGCUGGGCACAAACAAGCAUGGCAGCUGCGGGGCGGCGAGUGUCCGCGUCUGCGGGGCCUGGAGGACCCGGGCGGCCGCAGCGUCGCAGGCAGAAGCAGCAGCAGCAGCAGCGGCGGCGGCAGAUUCAGGAGGGUCGGAGCCCGCGCUCGGCGCCAUAUUCCGGGCCCCGCAGCAAAGAGAAGAAGAAGAAAGUGGACAGCAAGCCCAAGGACGGGGACGAGCAGGAGAUCCCGUUCCGGCUGCGGGAGAUCAUGAGGAGCCGCCAGGAGAUGAAGACCACGCUGAGCAACAAGAGCAGGAGGAAAGCGGCCCAGGUGACCUUCCAAAAGACGUUGGAGGAGGAAGCAAAAGGGACAGUAUCGGACAUCCCAGUGCCCAAGUUUAAGCAGAAGAAACGGGAGUCUGACCGGGCAUAUGUGCAGCGCAUGGAGCAAGAGGCCCAGCACGUCAUCUUCCUUAGCCGUAAUCAGCCCAUCUGCCAGCCCGAGGCCCCUGUGGACUCCCGGGAGAAGUCAGAGCGCAAGAAAGCGUUCUGGAAGUGGCGGUUGGACAAAAUCCGGCAACGGAAAGCAGAGAAAGCAGCUGAGAGAAUGGAGCAGCAGCUGCUUCAAGAUCCUGUGAAGUUCGGGGAUGUGGCUUUGCAACCCCCAGAGCUCACCGCCAGGCCCCGGGCCAGCAAGAGUGUUAACCAGCCUGGCAAGAAGUCGCUAUUGCUGAAAAUGUGCAUGAGCCCCAGUAGUGGGGUUGUGAUGCAGCCCCCUAGCACCUCACUGGCCCGUCAGCGGAUCUUGGGGGCCGAGAGGGAGCGCGUGGUGCUGGCCUACAGGGCACUGAAGCAGCAGCAGCGACAGCAGGCAGAUCAGCUUCCUCGGUGA